UCAGUCGUGAGAGAAAGUGCUUCUUUUCUUUUCUUUUUUCCGCCUUGAAACUUUCUAAUGGCUCGUACCAAGCAGACCGCUCGCAAGUCCACCGGCGGGAAGGCGCCUCGGAAGCAGCUGGCGACCAAAGCUGCCCGAAAGAGCGCCCCGGCCACCGGGGGCGUGAAAAAGCCUCACCGCUACCGCCCUGGGACUGUCGCCCUCCGGGAGAUCCGUCGUUACCAAAAGUCGACGGAGCUGCUGAUUCGCAAGCUGCCCUUCCAGCGUCUGGUGCGGGAGAUCGCGCAGGAUUUCAAGACUGACCUGCGGUUCCAGAGCUCGGCGGUGAUGGCCCUGCAGGAGGCCAGCGAGGCUUACCUGGUCGGCCUUUUCGAAGAUACCAACCUGUGUGCCAUCCACGCCAAGCGGGUCACCAUCAUGCCCAAAGACAUCCAGCUGGCUCGCCGCAUCCGCGGAGAAAGGGCUUAGAUUAUCAGGACCUCUCGCAAAGAACA